GCCUAUGAGCUUCGCUGACAUUUCCAACAAGCGUUGCAGGGGAGAGAACAGUGUGGGACGUACAACAACAGGACAGUGUGUGUGUGAAGAGUCUUUACCGGUAUAUAUAUCACACACUCUCUCACAUACACAAUCUGAGCUGUGGGCUUCGAGAAUAGAAGAAACGUUUAAAAGUAGUAGAAGAAGAAAAGAGGCCAACAUGUCCAACGCCUUGGUGAGGAGAAACUCCAGCAAAGCAGGUUUACAAAACCUGAUGAGGCUGAUGGCUCAGAGGAGCAUUGAGGACGCUGAGGAGGUGGAGAGGGAGCGUCGUCGACGAGCUCGAGAGGCUUUACACCGGAGGAGCAGUGGCUCAACACCUGACGAGUCGUCUCCAGAGUGUGAAACGCCAGCAGAGGAGAGCAUGUAUGACGGUGGCCUGAAGCAGAGCAGCUCUCCGUCUCUGGAAGAGGAUGAAGGCUUCAGCGACUGGACUCAACGCAGAGAGAGGCGAAGGCAGCAGCGCCUGCAGGAGCUCAGCCAGGGAGGAGAGGAAGAUGAGGAUGAAGAGGAGGACACAAUAAACAAAGCUGUGCCCACACAGACUGCCCAGGCCUCAGUCACGUCCUCAAGCCGGCGCCAGAAACAGGAGCAAGAGGAGAGAGACAGGGUAGAAAUGGAGAGGAGGAAGGAGCAUAAGGAGGAGGUGAUGCGUGCUGAGAGCAUGAGGAGGGAGAAAGAAAGGCAGGAGGAGCAAAGGAAGAAGGAUGAACUGAUUCCAACGAACAGGAGAGAGAUUCAUAAACCAAAUACAGAGGUCGAGAAAAGAAAAGAAGUUAAAGUCUCCUACACAUCAAAGGUUUUCCUUCACCAAGAGCCAAAACACAACAACUGCUACAGCAGUCCAGCCACUGAGGAAGUGACAUCACACAUGAACAAGACAAAAAGAUUCACCAGCAGAGCUGUGGAGCCUGAGGAGGUGGAGCCCAUCCUGGAGACAGAGCAGCAUCUUGGGAAGAUCCGCCGGAGCCUCCAGGAGAAGGAGAGCCAAGAGCUAGAGCAGCUACGAUAUCGACAGGACAAAGCCGAGCAGGAACUGGAGGAGCUGAAGAGGAGGAGGGAGGAAAGACGCCGAGUCCGGGAUGAAGAGGAGCGUCGCAGGGAGGAGGAGGAACACCAACAGCUGGCCAAAGAGGAGGAGGAGAGGAGACAGAUGAAGGAAGACAUUGAAAGAAGGAGGAUGGAGGCAGCAGAGAGGAUGAAGAGCCUGAGUAUGUCCAGCGUGGACGGAGACGAGAUGUUAUGUCCCUUCAGCCCCAAAGUUCCCACACACAAGAUUACAGAGAGAACGGAGUCCCUGAACCGCUCGCUGAAGAAAAGUAACAGUUUCAAGAAGACGCAGCCUCUCGUCCUGCUGUCCAAGAUUGACGACAAGCUGGAGCAGUACACCCAUGCUGUGGAGAACUCUCAGGAGGCCCGGGCAGUGAAGGCAUCGCUGACCGACCUGCCCAACUCACCAGAGGUCGUGACCUCCAAGAAGAACCUGUUUGAGGCUGGAGAGGCCUGGAGCCAGAGUCCCAGCAAGGGAGCUACCGUCAAGGAUGUGAAGCCUGGAGAUGUGAUGCAGAAGAAAAACAUGUGGGAGAUCAUUGGUGACUCAUCAGGGAGACCUGGGCAAAGGGUGAAGGGCUCAGCAGUGGGUAAAAAGUACAAAUUUGUGGUCACCGGGCACGGCAAAUAUGAGAAGAUUCCUGUGGAUGAUGAGGAUGAAGCAGGAUUCACAAGCAGAAAGUCUGAUUUGUGUCAUGAUGAUUACUGAGAUGUUGUCUCUUCCGAUUGGUUCCUUCUUGAUCUGACGACGAUUGCUGGUAAUAAAGACAUCGAGCGGAAGCAGCUCCACAGCUGUUCCAGUCUCAGUACUUCAUUUAUGUGCCAUAAAUCACACUUUUCCACUGUCUAAGUUGAACACAUGCACAUCAACCACAUAUUCUGACUGUUUUCUAUUUCUGUUUUCUUCUUCAAUACAGUUUUUGGGUAAAUCAUUCUUAAUAUCUAGUUAACCCUUGUGUGAUGGUGUUUGGGGACACCUGCCAAAUGUACGUGUUUUGUUUUGUUUUGUUUUAAAAUGUGAAAUGUUUAAAUUUUCCAAUCAUUUAGAGUUAAUGAAUCAAACUUUUAUACUGGCUAUUCUACACUUACACUUUGCCUAAGGAAGAAUCUGAAAAAGCCGACCUUGGGAGAGACAUACAUACAAAAAAAAAAACUACAAAUAUGGUUCAUGCUGAUGACAAUGUUGAUGGUAGGAUGGAACCCGACGAUGUCGUGAUUUGGCUUAUUUGGUGCAGCUAUGUACAUGAAAUAGACUUUGAUUUGGAAUCUGCUACAACUACAGUCUUUGCCAUACAUAAACCUGAUCUAUUCAUUUAGACUCUAUUUCUUGUGUAUGUUUUUCGUUUAAUCCACUGGUGUUUUCAGCUCUGUCUCUGUACUACUGCAGACAAUUUUUACUUUUAAUAUCAUUUUACUGAGAUACCUGCCUGUAUGUGUUUAUAACCCCUUUUUCUUAAAUAAAUUAAAAUCAUUUUUUACUA